AUGGGCGAGGCCUUUGCCAACACGCUGCAACGAUGUCCACCGGAUCAGCUGCAGUGGUUGCUCAAAGCCGUGCAGACUGUGACUGAGGAUUCCGUUCGGUCUGCCAUGCAGAAGCACGUGCUUCCCUUGUUCGACGGUUCCUGUGGACGCACUGUGUCCAUGGUUGCACCGGCGCAGAAGCGUGAAGAACUCGAGGAAGCCGUGGCCAAGCUGGAGCCGCCGUUCAAGGUGCGCCACUUGGAUGUCGAUGCUUUCGUGAAUGUCCUGGGCACGGCCAGCGGCUUCGCGGAGCUGCGGAGGUCCUUGAGAGAGCUGGCCUCGUGCCCCGGCUACAUCAGCUCUAAGACAAUGUCGGCCUCAUUCUACCAGUAG